UCCGAGGCACGACUCUACACUUUCUCGGAAGAGACCAAGUCCAAGCUACGCAAGUUCCGCCUGGGCACCUCGCGCGCCAAAGACCCCCAGGCCGUUAUCUACGAAAUCGAUAAGAAGACGCUCGAAGUACGACAGUCGGACGAUGAGGUCUAUACCGACGUACAGAGCCUCGCCGAUGAGCUCCCUGACCACGCACCGCGAUUUGUGCUCUUGAGCUACCCAUUGACCCUCGACUCGGGACGGUUAUCGGUGCCAUACGUUAUGCUAUACUACCUGCCCAUCACAUGCAACAGCGAGGUGAAGAUGCUGUACGCCGGUGCAAAAGAGCUGAUGCGGAACACAAGUGAGGUCAACCGCAUUAUCGAGAUCGACAGUGCCGAGGAUCUGGAGGAGAUUGAAGACAAGCUGAAGGAGCAGAAGUAG